AGAAGCAAGUUCCAUUGAGUUCAAGUGUGAAGAGGUACAGAACUGCAACCUCAGCUUGAUCAGGUGAGGAGGGCUGAGCAUGUAGAUUGCUCCCUCACACAGUGUAAAAAAAGAUAAUGUUGGAGCCUUUCUCAUUUCAGUACACUGGUACCUCAGGUUACAUACGCUUCAGGUUACAGACUCCGCUAACCCAGAAAUAGUGCUUCAGGUUAAGAACUUUGCUUCAGGAUGAGAACAGAAAUCGUGCUCCAGCGGCGCAGCGGCAGCGGGAGGCCCCAUUAGCUAAAGUGGUGCUUCAGGUUAAGAACAGUUUCAGGUUAAGUACGGACCUCUGGAAUGAAUUAAGUACUUAACCUGAGGUACCGCUGUAUCCUGUUGUGAUUUUGAAGUACCCGUCAUCUUUCUGUGACUUGUUGUCUAUUAACUUACUCAGAGCAGGCCCAUGACAAAAUAAGAUCCAGUAAUUUCAGGGACUCUACUCUGAAGUAACAGUUUGUUGACUGCAACGCUGUAUUUACCCGAAGGUCCCAGAGCUUAUAGUUGUAAGGACAUAUUUGGCUACAUACAGACAUGAACAAGUUUCCUGAAGAUACUUCAUCCACUUUAUUUUGCAGCAACUGGUACCAUUUGAGAACAAUUGCAUUUAUCAUAAGUACUGUUGAGAUAAAAUAGAAACUAGUGUAGCCUAAAUUGCUCUGUAGCCAUCAUAAUGCAAACAGUUAUAAACCAGACUCUUUAGAUGGCAAUAGAGAUGCACAGUAAACUCUUGAAAAAUCUGAAUUUGUUUUCAUUGGAAAGGUUUUAUUUUGAACCCUACUGUUGUUGAAACUUGAAACAGGUGACGUGAAUGUUAAUCAUUUCCCUAAUGUGGUAUAUAAACUUGAAACCAGAUUGUGUCACAUGAUUCUGAUUACCAGGUGAUAGUCUCUUCAGUUUAAUUGCAGUACAAACAUUUCACCAGUUUUCAGAGGCCAUCUCUUUUCCAUCUCAUUAAAGCUUUUAAGUGCAAGCCCAUGGAAAUUUGUAAUCAUUGCUUUUCGGCAUUGUUUCCACUAGUUGCUAGUGCUAAGCAAGCUUUAUCUGAUUGGGAAUGAGAUGGAAACUUCAGACUGAGAUCCAGUGGCUGAAGGCUACAAAAACAUGACGUUUUAGUGAUCAGAAUGAAGUCCCAGAAAUCUUGGAUUGAAGGUGUCUUCUGUAAAAGAGAGUGUGCAAAAAUUGUGCCAAGUUCCAAAGAUCAUCACAGAUGUCCCGCAAGAUGCCAAGUGUGCCAGAACUUAAUUCGGUGUUGUUGUGGACGGCUAAUUGGUGACCAUCCUGGGAUUGAUUGUUGCUGGCCCAUCUGUCGGUCUGCACAAGAAGUAGAGAACAGGGAAUGGUGUGUCCAAAGGGACACAAAGACAAGUCCAACUGAUGCAUUUGGUACUAUCAAUUUUCAAGACAGUGAUCACACUUACCAUGCCAAGUAUAUUAGAACUUCUUAUGAUACCAAAGUGGACCAAUUGUUGCAACUCAUGGUGAAAGAAUGGCAGAUGGAAUUGCCCAAACUGGUCAUUUCUGUUCAUGGUGGCAUCCAGAACUUCAAACUUCCAUCUAAACUUAAGCAGCUUUUGAGCAAAGGCUUGGUCAAAGCUGCUGAGACCACAGGAGCAUGGAUACUAACAGAAGGCAUCAACACUGGUGUGUCUAAGCAUGUGGGAGAUGCCUUGAAACUCCAUGCCUCUCAGUACUUAAGAAAGAUCUUGGCUGUUGGAAUCCCCCCUUGGGGGAUCAUUGAGAACCAGAGGGACCUCAUUGGAAAAGAUGUAGUGUGCCUGUAUCAGACCCUGAGCAACCCUCUCAGCAAGCUGAGCACCCUGAACAGCAUGCAUUCCCAUUUCAUACUGGCUGAUGAUGGCACAGUGGGCAAAUACGGCAAUGAGAUGAAACUCAGGAGGAAUCUAGAAAAAUACCUGUCACUCCAGAAAAUACACUCUAGAAUGGGACAAGGAGUGCCCUUAGUUGGGCUGCUGGUGGAAGGUGGUCCAAAUGAGAUCCUGACCGUGUGGGAAUAUGUGAGGGACAAGCCGGCUGUCCCUGUAGUAGUUUAUGAGGGAACUGGGCGAGCGGCCGACCUUCUCGCUUUCACCCAUAAGCACACAGCAGACAUGACGAAUUUGAGCCCUCAGCUUAAGGAAGAGAUAUUAUUAAUGAUUCAGAACACCUUCAGUUUGGGGCAGAAACAGUCCCACCACUUAUUUAAAAUGUUAAUGGAGUGCAUGGAACACAGGGAUUCUAUAACCAUAUUUGAUGCAGAGUCGGAUGAGCAUCAGGACAUUGAUUUGGCAAUCCUGACUGCACUCUUAAAAGGAACAAAUAUGUCUGCUCCAGAUCAGCUAAAUCUGGCACUGGCCUGGAACAGACUGGACAUUGCUAAGAAGCAUAUAUUGAUUUAUGGACAGCACUGGAAGGUUGGGUCCCUGGAACAAGCAAUGCUUGAUGCUCUGGUGAUGGAUCGGGUAGAAUUUGUGAAGUUGCUAAUAGAACAUGGAGUGAAUCUGCACCGUUUUCUUACCAUAACCCGAUUGGAAGAACUGUACAAUACUAAACAAGGGCCAACAAAUCAUCUUCUGCGUCAUCUUGUUUCUGACGUGAAACAGAGUACUCUUCCUGUGGAUUAUAAAAUAUCUCUGAUUGAUAUUGGAUUGGUAAUAGAAUACUUGAUUGGUGGAGCUUAUCAGAGCAGCUACACAAGAAAGCAUUUCCGAGUUCUGUACAAUAGCCUUUACAGGAAACGUGAGAGAGUUGUCUCCAGCUUGAUGCAGAACUUCUCCCUUCAUCAGAAUAAUCAUAUGAGGAGUAGGAAUGGAUCUGAUGGAAACACCUCACAUUCCCAGUUCAUUCGAACAGCACAGCCAUACAAAUACAAACAAAAAACAGCUGUUCUUCACAAGACUAGAAAGAAGCUAAAGGAUGAAUUUACUGUCUCUGAUGACCAACAAUCAGUUGGGUUUAUAUACCCAUAUAAUGAUCUCUUGGUUUGGGCAGUAUUGAUGAAAAGGCAGAAGAUGGCCAUGUUCUUUUGGCAGCAUGGAAAGGAAGCCAUGGUCAAGGCUGUGGUGGCUUGCAAACUCUACAGAGCAAUGGCACAUGAAGCUAAGCAAAGCAACAUGGAGGAUGACACGUCAGAAGAGCUGAAGAAGUAUUCAAAUGAGUUUGGGCAGCUGGCUCUAGAUGUGCUGGAUAAUGCUUUCAAACAGAAUGAGCAGAUGGCCAUGAAACUGCUAACAUACGAGCUGAAGAACUGGAGUAACUCCACGUGCCUGAAGCUGGCCGUGUCAGUGGUAUUGCGACCCUUUGUAUCUCACACGUGCACACAGAUGCUGUUGACUGAUAUGUGGAUGGGACGCCUGAAAAUGAGAAAGAACUCCUGGUUUAAGGUGAUCCUAAGCAUUCUUCUGCCUCCUACCAUCUUGAUGCUGGAGUUUAAAAGCAAGGCUGAAAUGUCUCACGUACCUCAGUCGCAGGAGUUCCACCAGUUCACAUGGUAUCAUGGUGAUCCUAACACUUCCAGUGUUAAAGACAACAUCUCAUUGAGCCAUUAUGAUUUAGAGAAAGGAGUUGAGAAGCAAGAGGAAAGCCAGAAUUUUCCCGGCAAUAAUGAGCAGGGAAGCCUUCCUGCAACUAGGAAAGUGUAUGAAUUCUACAAUGCUCCAAUUGUGAAGUUCUGGUUUCACACGAUGGCCUAUUUAGCAUUUCUCAUGCUGUUCACUUACACUGUCUUGGUGGAGAUGGAACCAACACCCAGUGUGCCAGAAUGGCUUGUGAUCAUUUACAUUUUCACCACCUCCAUUGAGAAAGUCAGAGAGGUAUUUAUUUCGGAGCCGGGAAAGUUCAGCCAAAAGGUGAAAGUGUGGAUUUAUGAGUACUGGAACUUUACAGAUUCUAUCGCCAUUAUCUUGUUCAUGACUGGUUUUGGCUUGCGCUGGGCAGAUCCUCCCCUUCGCACAGCAGGAAGGUUAAUUUACUGUCUGGAUAUAAUAUUCUGGUAUACUCGGCUUCUUGACUUCUUUGCUGUGAACCAGCGUGCAGGUCCAUAUCUGACAAUGAUUGGGAAAAUGACAGCAAACAUGUUUUAUAUUGUAAUUAUGAUGGCCAUAGUAUUGUUAAGUUUUGGAGUUUCUCGAAAAGCAAUACUCUCUCCACAUGAGCAGCCUUCAUGGAGCCUUGCACGAGAUAUUGUAUUUCAGCCUUAUUGGAUGAUGUUUGGUGAAGUAUAUGCAGGAGAAAUUGAUGCUUGUGAAGCAGACCCCAACUGUCCUCCUGGUUCCUUCCUCACACCAUUCCUUCAAGCUGUCUAUCUCUUUGUACAGUACAUCAUCAUGGUCAAUCUGCUGAUUGCUUUCUUCAAUAAUGUUUAUUUUGAUAUGAAGUCCAUAUCGAACAAACUCUGGAAAUACAACCGGUAUCGGUACAUCAUGAUGUAUCAUGAAAAGCCAUGGCUACCACCGCCUUUUAUCAUACUGAGCCAUGUUGGCAUCCUCAUAAAUUGCCUUUGCCAUCGCCGGCUGCCAAAUGAGCUGGACCGAGAAGAGGGGCAUGUUGAACUGAAGCUUUAUCUGAGUGAUGAGGAAUUGAAAAAACUUCAUGAUUUUGAAGAGCAGUGUGUGGAAAAGUACCUGCAUGAGAAGAAUGGAAGCUUGCAUUCCAGUGACAGUGAAAGGAUUCGUGUGACAACUGAAAGAGUGGAAGAGAUGUUUUCACAACUGAAGGAGGUACAUGAGAAAGUAUUUUAUGUCAAAGACGCUUUGCUUGCCCUGGAUAGCCAGCUCGGACACUUACAAGACCUCUCUGCUUUAACCGUCGAUACGCUUAAAGUAAUUUCAGCUGUGGACACUUUGCAAGUGGAGGAGGCCCUUCUUGCUCACAAGAAGCAUCAAACCUACAGGAAGCUUCCCCAUAGCUGGAGCAAUUCCAUGUGCUCUAAGGCUUUGGGCAGUAUGGAAAGUGUGUGUGAUAAGAAGUAUAAUUACUACAGCAUGCCACCUUCUCUUCAGAAAAGCUUGGCCAGGACACAUUGGCCCCCAGGGGCAUGUCGCGGCAUUCUUGGUGCCCUGGACUACAAAGAGAUCAAAUCAAUAAGCAAACACCAGGAGCAAGAAAUUGAAAAUGACACACUGACCUCUGGGGUAUCGUCAGAGUGUAAAUCAGCCCCUAGAUAUGGACAAUUCCUCCUGGUUCCUUCUGGUCAGCAAGGAGCCUCUUUAUCUGAAAAUGCCAUCUUAAGUUCAGCCUUCUCAAGUAGUCUGCUCAGAGAAGAUGAACUGCAAGCUCAACCCCAAACCAAGCAUGGCAGCAUCACUGCUCAGCUGGAUGUGCACAAGGCUCCAGAAAGAAAUCCAGUUAUCAGUGAAAAAUGGGAACUGGAAUUUUCAUCGCACAAAGAGGAUAGUGAAAAUAUCACUGAACCCUAUUUGAACUUCCAAGAACCUAGAAUUGCCAGUGAGGUCUCUAUCCGUUCUCAUCAACACAGUGAGGAACCUGAAGGAGGUUAUGUGAACUGGGGGUUCUUGGGAGAUGAUGAAAAGAGUUAUUUUAGCAACAAGUCAAGGCAGUUGUCAUGCACACAUUUUACCUACAAUAAAGGCUGCCGUAAUCCUCAACAUGCACAGAUAAAUGAAUCCAAAUCGUUUUCCUGCGUUUCUGACAGAUCAGGCUACAGUAGUGACAGCUCCCAGUCUCCUCUCCCAUUCCAGCGCAGCAUGUCAGUCUGGAUCAAUCCACGCAGGAAAAACUGGCCUUUCGGCAAGGGAAGUGGAUUCUGGUCCCGCAAAGCAGAGAAAGUGGGAAAGACCUUCAGAAUAAAAGAGCUAUCCAAAUCUGCAGAGUCACAUCAGCCAGUAUUGGCAAAGGCAAAACUUGGAAACAAAGAAAGGAAAUCAUCAAGGAAGAAACAGAAAACUCUUCAGGUGCCGAUGAUUACAGUUGAUGGUUGUCCCCAGAGCACCCAAGUUAGUUCAGAGCCACUUGAAAACAGACCUGUGGGAGACAAAUGGGAACACAGAACAAAUGAGCUAACUUCACCUCACUUCAAUCAGCUAAGCUUGGACCGUAUUGGUUGUCUGCGCCAGAGAAUGAAAAACCAAGAAACGGCAAGACACACGGUGCAGAUUUGUGACUACCUGAGGCAAUCACAAGAGGAUUUAAAUAACAGCAUGACUUGGACUAGGAAAAAUAGGAAGAAUAAUUUGAGCCGGAGCCAUUCGUUGAGUAGUUCAGAUGGAACUCUUGAAAUCUCAUCCUCCUUAAAGACUCAAGAUCUGCACCAUCAUUACUCAGCUGUCGAAAGAAACAAUUUAAUGAGAUUGGCUCAUACAAUACCUUUCACACCAGUGCAGCUCUUUGCUGGAGAAGAAGUGACCGUCUAUAGACUGGAAGAGAGUUCCCCACUGAAUCUUGAUAAAAGCAUGUCCACCUGGUCACAGCAUGGGAUGGCGGCCAUGAUUCAAGUGUUGUCUCGGGAGGAAAUGGGUGGAGGCCUGAGGAGGGCCAUGAAGGUCAUUUGCACCUGGUCUGAGAAUGAAGUGCUGAAGUUGGGUCAAGUCUUCAUUGUGAAAUCUUUCCUUCCCGAAGUAGUUCAGUCAUGGCAAAAGAUCUUCCAUGAUGGCACCGUGCUCAAUCUCUGCCUCAGAGAAAUACAGCAGCAAAGAGCUGCUCAGAAGUUGAUAUACACCUUCAAUCAAGUGAAGCCACAUACCAUUCCCUACACCCCAAGGUUCCUGGAAGUCUUCUUAAUAUAUUGCCAUUCAGCCAACCAGUGGCUUACAAUAGAAAAGUACAUGACUGGAGAAUUCCGCAAGUACAAUAACAACAAUGGGGACGAGAUCACGCCUAGCAAUUUGCUGGAAGAAAUGAUGCUGGCUUUUUCUCACUGGACUUAUGAGUAUACUCGAGGAGAGCUCCUUGUGUUAGAUUUGCAAGGGGUUGGAGAGAAUCUUACAGACCCAUCCGUUAUUAAACCUGAAGACAAGCAACCUAGAGGGAUGGUAUUUGGACCAGCAAACCUUGGAGAAGAAGCAAUCAAAAACUUCAUUUCAAAGCAUUGCUGCAACUCUUGUUGUAGGAAACUCAGACUUCCUGAUCUGAAAAGGAACGACUACACACCUGGGAGGUUCAAUCCAGCUUUUGAAGCUGAAACGGAAGCAAUGGCAGCAGCAGGAGAUGAGGCUCUUAACAAUAGCGAUGAUGAGCCUUUGGAAUAUUGCACUCGAUUGUGAUGUAAGGGCUUGGCAGGCAGGGCCUUGCCUUUUGAGAAUCUGAAUGAUGCCCAUUAUUGAAUUUGCCUCGAGGGACAAACAAUAGGUGCUCAGAUAUGCCUAUUGUCCAUACAUUUAUACGUCAAGGAAAUGAAAGCCAUUUACAUGCAUGCCAGUGUGUGAACAAAUAUCCUAUUGAAAAUGGACCCUCUUUAGAUACUGACUUCAGGGCACUUCUGUUUAUAGAUUGUGCCAAAAUUAUCCAUGAAAGUCAAUGGAAUUGUU